CCCUUGUUUUGACGUGUUGUGUUCAGGUCUGAACCGACAUGUCUCCAGCUUGUGGACGUGUAUUUCUGGUCUGAAUGAGUCAGUGGUCCAUCACGGAGGAAUCUUGGACUACAUUCAGAAGAACCAGGAGGAUGUCUACAGCAGGAUGAAGAACCUGAACUCGAGCGUGAACCAGGUCUUCAAGGAGAUGCAGACCUCCUCGGAGCGAGACUUGAACAGCCUGCCAGGACCCCAAGGACCCCCAGGACCCUCCGGAGAGAGAGGCUUUAACGGGCUGCCGGGUCCCCGAGGGCCUCUGGGUCCUCCGGGACGACCUGGAGAGACAGGGUCUCAUGGACGUCCCGGGGGUGACGCUCACGUUCCCAGACUGGCGUUCUCCGCUGCUCUUACGGUUCCCAUGGAGCGAGCCGGAACCAUCGUCUUUGAUAAGACCUUUGUCAACGAAGGAGAUUUCUACGACCCGAAGACAGGUGUGUUCACGGCCCCCGUAGACGGACACUACUUCUUCAGCGCCGUCCUGACGGGUUAUAAGAACGAGAAGAUCGAGGCGGUUCUGUCCAAGUCCAACUACGGCAUGGCCCGGGUGGACUCGGGAGGCUACCAGCCCGAAGGCCUGGAGAACAACCCGGUGGCCGAGACCAGAACCCCCCCCGGGUCGCUGGCCGUGUUCAGCCUCAUCCUGCCACUGCAGAGCCAGGACACGGUGUGCGUGGACCUGGUGACGGGGAGGCUGGCCCACUCUGUGGAGCCGCUCACCGUCUUCAGCGGCUCCCUGCUGUACGAGGACCUCGAUCCGGACCGCUGAUCCGGACCUCGAUCUGGACCUCGAUCCGGACCUUUGAUCCGGACCUUUGAUGAAAUUCUGAUGAUGAUGAGGGGGUGGGCAGAAAGAUGGAUCCCUCCCUCCCAUGCAGACAACUCUGUCUUUAUAGAGACUUUAUUAUUACGAGGAGAGCAGAUGUUUUAAACAGAGCUGGGGUGGGGGGCUGAUCUGAUGAACUCUGUAGGAGGAUGAUGAGAAUGAUGAUGAGGAGGACUGGGAGCUGGACAGAAAGAUGCCCCCCNCCCCCCCCCCCCAGACCACGCUGUCGUAAUAGAGGGAAAAGAAGCUCUUUAUUCCAGCUCCUGUAAACAAACACAUUCCAGUUUGAAGUGCUCUUCCACAGAAUAUACUCCAAGUAUUACGCAGUAUUGCAGGACCUGAUGAAAUGAGAAACCUGCAGCGAUGUCACAGUUUUAAACUGAACAGAUAUUUAAUCUGACGCUAAGAACUGGUUAUUAUGAAUGAUGUAUGUUAUCUCAGUUACUGAAGGACAGAUAUUUAAAGCACAUGUACUUAAGAAACUUUAAUCUGAUACACGUCACUCUUUGUAAAAUGAAUAUCUCACUGUCAUUAAACACGAGUGACCACGUCUGUUUCAUUCUUCUUCUUUCCCGCAGGUCUGGUGGUCAGCUUAAUAUAUAUACAUUAUUUAAUAUGUACUUAUACAACCCCAGACACAGGUCCAGUCAACACUCACCUGGAGACUGCUCAGAGGAGUCAUAACACAGUUUAGUGAGUGUCUUCUGAAUGUCUUCAGUCCAUCUGACCCGGUCGGGGGAGAAACAGAGUCCAGCGCACUGCAGCAGAGGGUCUACCUUCAAUGUUUACUCACACAGCUGUCUCGCUCUCAUCACAAACAUUUAAACAUCAUCAGGACACAAACAGUGUUCUGGUUUCAGGAUUACUAAAUAAAGACAGUGAUUGAGUUUGUAAACAGCAAGGAACUUCAUUUAUUGAUCAUUAACAAUCAGAUUGUAUAUUUUCAUAGAACACAUCUCUUUAAUUAUCUGACGAGGAAUAUUCAUUAGUAUAGUGCAACAUGUUUUCAUGGCUUCAUUUUACAACUGACAGCCUGCAGUCAAAGAGCAGGGACAAAAACCCCCACAUCAUAUUAGCCCUGACAGUGAGCCUGCAGACAAAGAGCAGGGACAAAACCCCCCCACAUCAUAUUAACCCUGACAGUGAGCCUGCAGACAAAGAGCAGGGACAAAGCCCCCCACAUCAUAUUAACCCUGACAGUGAGCCUGCAGACAAAGAGCAGGGACAAAGCCCCCCACAUCAUAUUAACCCUGACAGUGAGCCUGCAGACAAAGAGCAGGGACAAACCCCCCCCACAUCAUAUUAACCCUGACAGUGAGCCUGCAGACAAAGAGCAGGGACAAAACCCCCCCACAUCAUA